AUGGUGGGCAAGGGCAAGGCCGACGUGCUGCAGCAGAAGAGUCCUGCCGAGUUCUUCGCCGACAACCGCACCAUCGCGGGAUUCGACAAUCCCGGCAAAUGCCUGUACACGACCAUCCGCGAGCUGGUGGAGAAUGGGUUGGAUGCCGCCGAGAGCAUCAGCCAGCUGCCGGACAUUGACAUCACCGUUGAGGAGAUCAGCCAGCACCGGCUGAACAAGAUGCGAGGGGUGACCAACCAUGACAGGAUAGAUGAGGAGCUGUACCAGGACUACGAAACAGAGGGUGCCAAGCAGAAGCGGCUGGCCAAGGAGGCAAAGGAGAUGGAGCGGCUGGAGAAGCAGGCAGCCAAGAGCGCCGCGACGCUGGAUGGCAAGAAGAGGGAACUGGAGGCGAGGCGGGCGGCGCAGGCCAAGACCGAGAAGAAUUUCUUCAAAGUCACCGUCAGGGACAACGGCAUGGGCAUGGCCCACAAGGACAUCCCAGACAUGCUGGGCCGAGUGCUGAGUGGCACCAAGUACGGCGUGAAGCAGACGCGGGGCAAGUUUGGGCUGGGCGCCAAGAUGGCGCUCAUCUGGUCCAAGAUGAGCACGGGCCUGCCCAUCGAGGUGACAAGCGCCCGCUGCGGCUCCGCCUCCAUCUCUUACUUCAAGCUGGACCUGGACAUACAGAGGAACCAGCCCAACGUGCACGAGCAGAAGCUUUUGGACAAUGGGGAGGGGUGGCACGGCGCGGAGCUGAGCGUGGUGAUUGCGGGGAACUGGCAGUACUACCGUGCCAAGGUGUUCAAGUACCUGCAGCAGAUUGCGGUCAUCACGCCCUACGCCCAGUUCCGGUUUGUGUUCAAAGCGGAGGAUGAGAAGAGCAGCGUGCGCAUCACCUUUGCACGCCGCACAACCACCAUGCCGCAGCCGCCCAAGGCCACCAAGCACCACCCUUCCUCUGUGGACCUGGAGCUCAUCAAGCGCCUGGCCUCAUCAACCAACUGCACCAGCCUGGCUGCUUUCCUGAGCAAGGAGUUUGACUGCAUCCGCCGCGACCUGGCAGGCACGAAGAUUUCGCUGGAGAUGCGAUGCGACCCCUCUGUCAGCCCUGCCGAGCUGACCGGCAAGCAGUUAGUGGCCAUGCACGACCUGCUGCACCAGCUGCGCUUUCAACCCCCGGAUGGCAACCACCUGAGCCCUGCAGGCGAGUACAACCUGCGGCUGGGCAUCAUGAAGGAGCUCCGCCCCGAGAUGGUUGCCACCCACCAGGGCACCGUGGGGGUGCACGAGGGGCACGCCUUUGUGGUGGAGGCGGCGGUGAGCGUGGGCGGGCGCAACAUCAAGCCCGGCCUCAACAUUCACCGCUUCGCCAACCGCAUCCCGUUGCUGUUUGAGGGCGGCUCGGAUGUAAUCACUCGCACCGCCAUCAAGCGCAUCAACUGGUCUGCCUACAAGAUCAACCAGUCAUCCGACAAGGUUGGGGUGUUUGUGUCGCUGGUGUCAACCAAGAUCCCCUUCAAGGGUGCUGGGAAGGAGUACAUAGCCGAUGAUGUGGAGGAGAUUCAGCAGGCUGUGCGCACCGCCAUCCAGCAGUGCUGCUCGCAGCUCAAGAACAAGAUCUCCAAGCAGCAGGCGGCGCGAGAGCAGCGGCUGCGCAAGAAGAACCUCACCAAGUACAUCCCAAACGUGGCGGCGGCGCUGUUCACGGUGCUGCAGGCGGUGGCAGAGCGCAAGGAGGAGCCAGCAGGCAAGACGACACGCCCAGAGGCGGAGGAGGUGGUGGUCGGGGUGCGGUCAGGCGAGGUCACUGAGCCCACCUUGGCAGCUAAGCUGCAGCAGCAUGUGGAGCAGAUCGACGUAGACAUGGCGCUAGAGUACCAGCUGCAGCAGGGCGUGACCGAGGCAGCCAAGGUGGAGGCCUGCCUGAUGCCGCACAGCGCGCGGCACCAGUAUGGGCCGGAGGCGCACUGCGACGUGGGCGUGAUCCGACGACUGCAGGAGCUGUGA